UCUCAUUCACUUACAUUCCGACUACCAUGUCCCAAUGGAUUCCCUUCGCCACUGUCACUCAGCAAUCUUCUCAACAGAAUGGCGCAUUGCCCCCAAUGCCUUCGACAUCACAACCUAUUCCACCUGCGCAGCCGACGAAUUUCCCUGAAGCAACAUGUAUCAGUGGAAGCGCUGGCAGCCGCGAGCUCUGGAAUUCGGUAUCGACAUUAUCGGUGAAGACAACAAGACCACCAUCCACCACAAAGUCGCUGCCCACGUAGAGGCCAUCCCAACAUCCGCCUCUCUUCCUCCCAACAUCCAGGCGAACUCCAGAAGAGCCAUGACACUGGCGCAGAACUGCACUCCCUGAGCUCUUCAAUGAAUGACAUUCACGACACGCUCAGUGGCUCGGUCCCAAAACCUACCACACUUCCCCCAAUUGCUCCCUCCCAUGCGUUCACAACAAGCCUCGACCACCUCUGCACCCACACCCGCAUCUGCCGCGCCCGCAAACCCAGAACCCCUGCACCUCCUCCCAUGCGUUCACAACAAGCCUCGACCACCUCUGCACCCACACCCGCAUCUGCCACGCCCGCAAACCCAGAACCCCUGCACCUCCUCCCAUGCAUUCACAACAAGCCUCGACCACCUCUGCACACACCCGCAUCUGUCGCACCCGCAAACUCAGAACCCCUGCACCUCCCCCAGAGCACCCUGGCCUUUCUCCUUCGAGCUCGAGUCAUGCUGACUCAAGUCGUUGCCCACUCUUCGCAGUAUGAUCCUCGCAAGCCACAUCGACAAGGAUUCGCAUUUACAAUACGCGGGUAUUGAGUCUAUAAUGUUGCAAUACCUAUUUACAGUAGCGAUUGUAUUAUGUAUUUGGAUAGUAUUGCAAUUUAAAAAAAUUGAUUUCAAGC